AUGAGGACUCUUAAGCUUCAGCUCGACUACGUUCUGACGAGGAACAUUCCUCAGUCAGAUAUGCGAAAAUCUAGAGCUGUUUGGGACGUCGCGUUCGACUUUGAUCACCGUCCAGUUCUUCUCAGCUUCAAGAUACAGUUCCACAAGAGAAACCGAAGAGUUCCUCUUCAACCGAAAAUCGACAUGGCAGGUCUGAAAGACGAUGAAUGCAGAAGAAAAUUCCGCCAACGUGUGUCUUCUCAUGUUGGAGUACGGACCAGGAAGAAGCUUAGCGAUGCGGAUUCCUUCACAAAGUGCAUCCAGGACGCUGCAAGGGAAACGCUCCCGGUUCUAUUGCCGCGGAAGAAGUUUGCCUUUGCAUCUGCGGAAACAAAAUCCACAUACAAUUCUGUAUGUGUCGCGCGCAGUACUGGUGACUUUAACCAGGAAAAACGCCUUAGAAGGAAGCUGCGUCGUCCACUGCAACAAGACCGCGAUAACGAGUGGAGCGAUGGAGUUUGA